AUGACGCUGGUUGGGAUACCUAUAUCCGACCGACCCGUACUUGUAGCUCUUGUAGCGCAUAACAAAGACGACCAGUUUUCCACAACAGACGCUUAUUACCUUACGCGGUACCCUCGGGGAGUCUUGACCUGUUUGGUCAUGGAUAACAACUCGCGCAAGAGUUUCUCUCUAUUGAUAAAAAUGAGCGCUUAG